AUGCCAGCCCGCGCCCCAACUCUCCGCACUCUCCUCCGCACGGCAACUCUUCGCCCCGCGACAACACAGACAACACGUCCUUUCUCGCAAUUCCAGAGCCGCUCGCGUUCUCCCUCUCCACCUCCGCCAUACCAAUCGCGAAACCUCACACUCCUCGCAACCCACCAAUGGACGCGCUUCCACACACCCUACACCUACUCCUCGGUCCGCACCUUCACGUCCUCUCCCCACCCCUCUAAGCCAACCAACACUGCUCCAUCGACCUCCCCAGACGCCGCUGCCAAAAUUGACGAGGCCAUAGAAGAAAUCCAGGAGCUCUACGGUACAGCGCGCGACGAGUUCGAGAUUGCGGCUGAGGAGACGGAGAAGAAUACUACGUAUGCGGCAGACGAUCGUGCGGCGGCGCGGGAGGAGCUAGAUAAGCUGUUGGAGUUCUACACCGGGGUUUUGGAGGGAGAUCAGGCGGUGGCGGAGGAGGUGAAGAGGAGGGUGGGGCAGAGGGUCAGAGAGCUGGAGCAGGCGGUGUUGGGGAUGGAAGAGAGUGUUACGCAUGGUGAUUAG